CUCCUGCUGCAGGUGUACUUUCCGGUUUCCCAGCACGGCCAUCAAGAUCCAGUUCACGUCACUCUAUCACAAAGAAGAGGCUCCAGCCUCCCCGCUCCGGCCUCUCUACCCUCAGAUCUCUCCACUGAAGAUCCACAUUCCGGAGCCGGAUCUCCGGAGCAUGGUCAGCCCCGUCCCCUCCCCGACUGGCACCAUAAGUGUCCCCAACUCCUGCCCGGCCAGUCCCCGUGGUGCCGGGUCCUCCGGUUACCGCUUCGUCCAGAAUGUGACCUCCGACCUGCAGUUGGCAGCAGAGUUUGCAGCAAAGGCCGCCUCGGAACAGCAGGCAGACACGUCCGGAGGGGACAGCCCCAAGGACGAGUCGAAGCCGCUCUACUCGUAUGCGCAGCUGAUUGUGCAGGCCAUUUCCUCGGCGCAGGACAGACAGCUGACACUCAGUGGGAUCUAUGCCCACAUCACGAAACAUUACCCCUACUACCGGACGGCUGACAAAGGCUGGCAGAAUUCCAUCCGGCACAACCUCUCUUUGAACCGUUACUUUAUCAAAGUCCCACGUUCCCAGGAAGAGCCUGGGAAGGGGUCUUUCUGGCGAAUAGACCCUGCCUCAGAAGCCAAACUCGUGGAGCAGGCGUUCCGAAAACGGAGGCAGAGAGGCGUCUCCUGCUUCCGCACCCCCUUUGGGCCGCUGUCCUCCAGGAGUGCCCCAGCGUCACCCACACACCCUGGGCUGAUGUCCCCCCGCUCCAGUGGCUUGCAGACCCCAGAGUGCCUGUCUCGGGAGGGCUCCCCCAUUCCACACGACCCUGACUUUGGGUCAAAAUUAGCUUCUGUUCCCGAGUAUCGGUAUUCCCAAAGUGCACCCGGUUCCCCUGUCAGCGCCCAGCCAGUGAUCAUGGCUGUGCCUCCCCGACCAUCCAGUCUAGUGGCCAAGCCCGUGGCCUACAUGCCGGCCUCCAUCGUGACCUCCCAGCAGCCCGCGGGCCACGCCAUCCACGUCGUGCAGCAGGCCCCCACCGUCACGAUGGUCCGGGUGGUCACCACCUCUGCCAGCUCGGCCAAUGGAUACAUCCUCGCCAGUCAGGGCUCGGCGGGGGGCUCCCACGACGCAGCAGGCGCAGCCGUGCUGGACCUGGGCAGCGAGGCCAGAGGCCUGGAGGAGAAGCCCACCCUCGCCUUUGCCACCAUCCCCGCUGCCAGUGGAGUCAUCCAGACUGUGGCCGGCCAGAUGGCGCCAGGCGUCCCUGGACACACGGUCACCAUCCUGCAGCCCGCUGCUCCAGUGGCCGUCGGCCAGCACCACCUUCCGGUCCGAGCUGUCACUCAGAACGGGAAGCACGCCGUCCCCACGAACAACCUAGCCGGCAGCACGUACGCCCUCACCAGUCCCCUGCAGCUCCUGGCAGCCCAGGCGAGCUCGUCGACGCCCGUGGUGGUCACCCGGGUGUGUGAGGUGGGGCACGAGGAGCCCCCGGCAGCUGCCGCGGCCGCAACCACCCCAGCCACCGCCACCGCCGCCUCUGCCACUGCCUCCGCCUCCGCCUCUGCCACCGGGGAGCCCGAGGUCAAGAGGUCCCGCGUGGAGGAGCCCAGUGGGACCGGGGCCACACCGGCCGGGGUGAUUGCAGCUGCCGGCCCCCAGGGCUCAGGUACCGGGGAGUGAAGCCACCUGCCUG